GCACGAAUUUUAUUUCGUAUCGGAGAAUAUGGCUAUCAACCGGGACAACUCAUGCGUCCGAUGGAUGUAGCCGAAACAAUCAACGGGAACUAUCUGAUAUCGGACUAUGAGCUGCAUUGUGUGACCGUAUUCAGUCCUACCGGGGUCUAUAUUUCCCGAUUCGGACAACGCUAUUUGGCCGGUCCGAAAGGUCUUAUAGCAGACAGUCGGGGACGAAUCCUGGUUGUGGAUCAGAAAUCAUGUAUGGUUUGUAUAUUUAAACCGACUGGGAAGUUUAUCAAUCGUUUUGGUGCACGCGGAGUUGCCGAUAAUCAAUUCACCAAUCCAAUCUCGGUGGCUGUCAACAGUCAGGAUGAAAUCUACGUGUCUGAUUAUGCUCAGCACUCCAUCAAAGUUUUCGAUUUCAACGGUCUGUAUUUGUUCAAGUUUGGUGUGCCUGGAAUGGACCCCGGAAUGCUUCAUGCACCAACCGGACUAGCGUUUGACAGGGCGGACAAUCUGUACAUCAGUGAUUGGGGAAAUAAUCGUGUUCAGGUGAGUUUUGUUUCACAAUGGCUAUUUACGAUUUGUCAUGUUGAAUGUGCAGAUUUGAACUUUUUGUAG